AGUCCCCCCUGCUCCAUUGAUGACCACCAACGCGACACCUUACGAACCGAUGCCUGUUGCCGGUUCCAACCGUGAUAACUUUCUCGCUCAAAUUGAAAUCGCCGUCUUGGCGCUCAUCUUCGGCUUCACCCUGAUCGGUAACUCCUGUGUCUUGCUCGCUCUUGCCGUGAGGCGCUUCAAGAUGACUCGCAUGUACUACUUCCUGCUUCACCUCUGCUUGGCAGACCUGAUCACCGGCUUCUUCACCGUCCUCCCUCAACUGGCUUGGGACGUCACCUACCGCUUCCAGGGUGGGAACUUGGCGUGCAAGUCCAUAAAGUACUUGCAGAUCCUGGGCCCGUACCUGUCGUCGUACGUACUGGUCGUGACGGCCGUCGACCGAUACCAGGCCAUCUGCUUCCCGUUGUCCAACUGUUCCUGGACUCCGACAAAGUCGAAACUGAUGAUCGCGUUUGCGUGGACGGUGUCAUCGCUUUGCUGCUUGCCUCAAGUGUUCAUCUUCAGCUACCAACAAGUUGAAGAGGAUGUCUUCGACUGCUGGGGGACAUAUAUCGAACCGUGGGGGGUCAGGGCCUACGUCACGUGGUACGGCGUUUCCGUAUUCUUCCUACCAUUGACUGUGUUGACCUUCACGUACGUGUGCAUCUGCCGUGCCAUUUGGCACAACCUGUACUUGAAGAAGCGAGGGUGCGAGGAGCAAGGAAGAUCGCCCAGGAGUCAUUCCGUGCGAGGACUGUCGCGCGCCAAGAUCAAGACAGUGAAAACUACUGUCAUUGUGAUAGCGUUCUAUGUAGUGUGUUCUUCGCCCUUUAUCUGCGUCCAGCUCCUCAUGUCUUGGACACCCAACGCUCACACGUCCAAUCUCUGGAGCAGUUCCGCAGUCACAAUCCUGAUGCUGCUCAACAGCCUCAACAGCUGCGUCAAUCCUUGGAUCUACUUGAGUUUCAAUCGGAAUCUGAUGAAUGCUCUCCGACAGUUGUGCUGCCCUCGAAAGGACGUCUUUUCAGACAUCACUCGUGAAGCCACUCGUGAUAACACUCAAGGCACGGACACGAGCAACGUCCACAGUCAGUCAUCACCCGUUCGAAGUGACGUCAAGAGAAUUGGACUUGGAGGCCUCAAGACGUCUCAUGAAACACCGAUGGAACUCUCUGUAGUGACAGUUGGAUGUGGCGCACAUUCCACGCAUCUCGGCCGGACAGUCAGGGGAGUCUUGUUCUGACUUUGUACAUAUGUUUGUGAACAGAUGUUUUUUGUAUCUUUCUGUGUCCCCAUGAUAAAGUGUUUUGAAGAAUCGA